UGUCAUAAUGCCUCACCAAAGUGCCAAAUCUAGUAUUGCAUCUAACAAGGCCUGUAAUAAAGAUAGUACUUUUGUAGCUGAUCCUAAAGUUAUGAAUAAUAUAGAAGAAAACAUAGAAACUCUGGAAGACUGGGAGUUAUUUGAAAUAACACAUGACAGCUUUCAAGAUUAUGAAACUCAAGAACAAAAAAGAAAAGCACAGAAACAACUUCAACACGAGGCUAAACAGAUGCGAACUCUCAAUGAAAUGUGGAGUGUGAAAGACUUUCUUGAACAAGGCACCUUAUCUAGUCAUCAACAGGGAAAACACGCAAAAAGAGCAUCGUUGCUUGAUGAUGAGGAUAUCAAACUGGUGGCUCGUACCUGGUUACAUUCUAUUCCACCAAAGAAUCGUUCUCCUUUAGCAUUAAAAAAAGAAUUGGAAACAAAUAUCUUUCUAAAUUGCUUGGAGGUUUCACAAAAAAACUAUAGGGCAGCAGGUGAACAAUAUGAUGGUGAUGAAAUGAAAAAUGCUAUACCUCCAGAAUGGCUUAAAAUUUGGGAUAUGCGCCAUGUUUUGGUUACUCAUGAUGAAGUUUACUUAUCCUUUUGGGUAGAAGAUGAAGAGUCCAUUAUCAAGAAAAAAGGCCAAGGGUUAGCAAUUAUGGUUAGUGACUUCUUGUGUGCAUACUAUGGCCCUCUGCGCCUUACAGAGGCUGAUGCUACAUGA